AUGGCGUAUCAGAAAAUAGUAUCACAACAGGGUGAUGUUCCGCCUCCAAGAUUCGGCCACACAUCGACGUCAGUUGGAGCAGGGAAAGUUGUUUUAUUCGGCGGAGCCGUAGGAGAUGUUGGAAGGUACACCAUAACCGCAGAUUCAUAUAUCUAUGACGUUGCCACGAACCACUGGUGUAAGCUGCACGUCGAGAACGCGCCGUCACCAAGAGCAGCCCACGCAGCAGCCUGCGUGGAGUCCAUGCAGGUCGUGAUAUUCGGAGGAGCGACGGGAGGAGGAGCGCUUUCAUCGGACGACCUCUUCCUGCUGGACCUGAGGAGAGAUAAGCAGCUCUCGUGGAUCAUAGUGCCCACCACGGGAAGAUCCCCGGGAAGAAGGUACGGACACACCAUGGUAUUUUCGAAGCCGAACCUAAUCCUGAUCGGAGGAAACGACGGGCAACAAGCGAGCAACGACGUGUGGGUGUUAAACGUGGAGAACUCUCCGUUCAGCUGGAACGAAGUGACCUUUUCAUCUCUGAGGAUGCCGCCCAGGAGAGUGUAUCACUCAGCAGAUUUAUGCUGCGAGGGACCGGCCAACGGGAUGGUAGUAAUAUUCGGAGGCAGAGGCUCAGAAAGUAAAUCGUUGAACGACGCCUGGGGGCUCAGACAACACAGAGACGGCUCCUGGGACUGGGUGGAGGCACCAAUGAAGGCAGGGAUGAUGCCAGACGCAAGAUACCAGCACUCGUGCUCGUUCGUGGGCUCAAAGAUGGUAGUAAUGGGAGGAAGAGGUGACACAGACCUGAACAAGGCCUUGCCAGUUUCAGUUUAUGACACGGAGACGCUGGAGUGGUUCAAUAUAUCGUCUAUCAACAGAUUCCGUCACUCAUGUUGGAAGUUUGGACCUAAUUUGUAUAUAUUCGGAGGAUUCUCUCACCAGGCCCAGAAGCACCCAACCUGUGAAUUGAAAAUGUUCGAUUGCCUAAGCGCAUUCGCCGAAAAGGCAAAAAGCACACCCACCCUGCAACCGCAUCAACCAGAUGAGUCGGCAGAGAUGGCAGGAAGGAUGGGAGUAUUGUUCCAGACCUCGCCGAAGGCGAAGGAGGAUAUUCUGAGAAAACCGCAGGAGAGGGAAAUUAGACUAUCAUCACACGCUCACGCAGUACACGGACCAAUUUCAGAUUUCUCACACAUGGUCCGAAAGAUAUCUAUCGACCGCCUUGAAGAAGAAGGUAGAAAAAUAAAUAAGCCGGAGGCAAGCCAGAAGUUACGCUGGCAAAACGCGAACAUAGACACAGUGUAUGAUCGAAUAAUUGUGAAGUUACUGAAUCCGAACGAGCAGACGUUUCAAAAAGACUCUCCAUUUCCAAUCCCAUACAACGACAUCAACAUAUUGUUAACAAUGGUGUAUCAUAUUAUUAAGCAAGAGGAGACAGUUUUAAACCUGAGGACUCCAAUAAAAAAAACCAUAGUAUACGGUGACAUACACGGGCAAUAUAAUGAUCUGAUGAGGCUAUUUAAGUUAUAUAAGUCGCCACUGGAUGAGAACCUGUCAGAGAUGCUUAACAUAGACGGCGACAUAGACUCCAACGACUACCUGUUCCUAGGAGACUACGUAGACAGAGGGUUCAACUCAUUGGAAGUAAUAUGUCUCCUCUUCGCACUCAAAUGUAAAUAUCCGACACAGAUCCACCUCAUAAGAGGAAACCACGAGGAUCCAUCAAUAAAUGCAGUCUACGGCUUCCAAAAUGAAUGCGCAAAACGCCUUAACGAAGACGUUAGUAGCGUAUACAGCUGUUGGCAAGGAUUUAAUAAAAUAUUCGAAAUCAUGCCACUGGGAGCCGUAAUAGAAGGAAGAAUCUUGUGUGUCCACGGGGGGAUAGGGAAGACAGUAGAGACCCUGGAUGACAUAAGAGGACUGAAGCGUCCAAUAUCAGUGUUGCCGAUACCGGAGACGAGAGAGGAUCAACUGUUACUGGACUUGCUGUGGUCUGACCCGACAGAUAACGACUCCAUGCUCGGAACAGUGCCUAACGAUACUAGAGACCCAGAGAAGGCCGGGUUCAUAGUUAAGUUUGGCCCGGACAGAGUACUAAACUUUUUAACGAACAACGAUCUACAGUUAAUAAUAAGGGCACACGAAUGCGUAAUGGACGGGUUUGAAAGGUUUGCAGGGGGAAGGCUCAUCACACUCUUCUCAGGUUCGUACACACCCAGCACCGAUACAUAG